CAAGUUGGACUCGCCCUGGCAGCUCUCCAUGGGGUGGAGCAGAUGGGUGGAGGCAGAAAAGAAAAAAUUGGGUGGCCUGUUCGCCGAGGAGGAGGGCAGAUUGUUUGCUCUCUGGAGCAUUAUAUUCCAUCUGCAGCGAAAUAAUUCAUUUCUCUCCCUUUUACAAAACACGGUAUAACCCGCAAACAUAAUUUAUGAGAGGCAAAGCUUUGGAACUAUUCCGUGGGACUCUUUUCAAAUCGACAGGAGAAGACAGAGGUGGGUGAAGAGACUUGGGUGGUGUGAAAACUGGACACCCUUCCAGGCCAAACAUCAGAACACCCUAGAAGGCUUAACUAAAAGAAUGCUCAUGUUUGACCCAGUCCCUGUCAAGCAGGAGGCCAUGGACCCUGUCUCUGUGUCCUACCCAGCGAAUUACAUCGAGUCGAUGAAGCCCAACAAAUUUGGGGUCAUUUACUCCACCCCGUUACCUGACAAGUUCUUCCAGACCCCAGAAGGGCUCACUCACGGGAUACAGAUGGAGCCGGUGGACCUCACUGUGAACAAGCGCGGCUCGCCGCCCUCCGCUGGCAGCUCUCCCUCCUCCCUCAAGUUCCCAUCCCACCGGAGAGCCUCGCCGGUGCUGAGCAUGCCGCCCUCCAGCCCGCCCAUUAAGAAAUACUCGCCCCCUUCUCCCGGAGUGCAGCCCUUCGUACCGCUGUCCAUGCCGCCGGUGAUGGCCGCCGCGCUGUCCAGACACGGCAUCCGGAGCCCCGGCAUCCUCCCUGUCAUCCAGCCCGUGGUGGUGCAGCCGGUCCCGUUCAUGUACACCAGCCACCUCCAGCAGCCGCUCAUGGUCUCCCUGUCGGAAGAGAUGGACAGCUCCAACAGCAGCAUGCAAGUACCUGUAAUUGAAUCCUAUGAGAAGCCCAUAUUACAGAAAAAAAUUAAAAUAGAGCCUGGGAUUGAACCACAGAGGACAGACUAUUACCCUGAAGAAAUGUCACCCCCUUUAAUGAACUCAGUGUCCCCCCCACAAGCACUGUUACAAGAGAACCAUCCGUCGGUGAUAGUGCAGCCUGGGAAGAGACCUCUACCUGUGGAGUCCCCGGAUACCCAAAGGAAACGGAGGAUACACAGAUGUGACUACGAUGGAUGCAACAAAGUCUACACUAAGAGCUCGCACUUGAAAGCACACAGAAGAACUCAUACAGGAGAAAAACCCUACAAAUGCACCUGGGAAGGCUGCACAUGGAAGUUCGCUCGGUCUGAUGAACUCACAAGACAUUUCCGCAAACACACUGGAAUCAAACCUUUCCAGUGUCCGGACUGUGACCGAAGCUUCUCCCGCUCCGACCAUCUUGCCCUCCAUAGGAAACGCCACAUGCUGGUCUGAAAGCCUGCCCCACCUCAGUGUGACUCCCCCACUCUUCUGGCGCUCUGUCUGUCUCUCUCACUGUCUGUGUGUGUCUCUCUCUCUCUGUUCCUCUCUUCCUGCCCAUUAUCUAACUCAUUUUUUAUAUGUACAUUUUAAUUUCGAUUCAGCUGGUCUGAAUCUCUGAAUUUCUAUCAUUCAAGACUUCCGUAUGGUCAGUAGUCGAUUCUCUAACCCUCCCUUUCCUUACCACGGGUCAGACCUAAAGAAUGUGAACAUUUUUUUUUUCCGGGGAUGCUAAGCAAACCCUCCUUACAGAUAGAUACGUUUAAUGUCAUGAGAACAAGGGAACAUGUAAACUAACGACCAACUUGUCAGUUUCUCCAUGUAUUCCUCAAAAGAAUGUCAAAGUAAAUGUAUCAGAAAUACAGUAUCCAGCCCGCUAGUCCUUGCCAGAGACCUUCAUACCUCCGCCACAUUUUGUGUUUGACAACCAAGGGGAUGUGGUUCCUUUCACCAGUUAGCAAGAUCCACAGAGAAGUCAAGCUGGUCCUGUCGCCUCUGCCGUGGCCCUUCCCACUUGCUUGUUGGCCUGGAUCACCAACUCCGUGACAUCAAGUCCUUUGUCCUCCGUGGUGCCUGAAGCUCAUGUGGAGGCCUUUGACACCCCAGGAGCUGAGCCCGAGUUCUGUCUGGGUGUGGGGAAGAAACAGAAGCUACCGAGAGUGGAGGAGGAAGUCGGCAUUCCUGGAUAGGACUGUCUGGGCCAUUAACAUUAGCUGUGCGGUGCUUUUGUUGAAUGUCAUCCCCAGGCGUAACUCACCUAAGCAGACCCUUGCUGCAAAGCUGGAUACCCAUAGGGUUACUGGUGCCACCACCUCCGUUCCUGCAGGAUCCUUCGCUGUGGGUCACAAAGCAUGGAGAGUAAGGAAUCCACAGAAAUAUUUGCCCCGGUCAUGUACAAACAAAAACUUUUGAGACAGAGUAUAAAAUGGUCUCUCCUACCCGCCCAACCUGCUAA